CGCUUAAAAAGCAGUCGUGAUUGCAAAGGCAUUUGGUCAGUAUUGUUGGAAAAGUGCAUAGCUAUCGUCUGAGUCACUCGUCCACCGCUUCGCACGGCAUGAGGGCACUGCUUCCACUUGUGCUCCAGUGCAUCCUCAUCUCUUACUAUGGAGCUGUUGACACAACAACUCAAGUCUUCACUUCAGCAAUUACUGCCACCUCAUUUCAAGUUGUCGAGACAACAACUCCAGUCUCCACUUCAACAAUAACUGCUUCCCCAUCUUAUGCUGUUGACACAACAACUUUUUCCACUACUUCAAAAACUACUCCUCCAAAACCUCCUGAUGGGGAGUGGACACAGUGGUUUAACGGUGAUCGGCCAUCUGGGGUUGGUGACUUUGAAGAUGUUGUAUCGAUCGAAUACCAUUAUCCGGGUCAACCCUGCUCUAAUCGCAUAAAAAUAGAGGGCAUGACAGUGGAAGGUAUUCCUGCUGAGGAAACAGGACAAGUAUUAGCAUAUUAUGACGCAGACAAUGGAAUUCAGUGUUUCAAUGCACAUCAAGUGGAUGGUCAAUGUCUCAACUACAAAGUUCGCUUUCUAUGUGGGAAAAACUAUAUAACAACAACGACAACAGCAACAGUAGCUCUGCCACGUCCUGUCACUACAAGAUGCGUGAUACAGGGAGACCCACAUUACAUGACGUUUGAUGGACUCUAUUACGACUUCAUGGGCGCAUGCAUCUACACAACAGCCAAGCUGUGCAACAUCUCCUCCUCCCUGCCCCACUUCAACGUGGAGACGAAAAACGAACGCCGUGGCUAUCCAAGCGUGUCUUAUGUCCGAGAUGUUCACGUGGACGUGUACGGACACAGGGUCACCUUGUCUUUACAGCACGCCCUCCUGUUGGAUGGGGAGCGGGUGACGCCCCCACUGGUGUUACCGGGGAUGCACGUGUCUCUGAGCGGCUCAUACCUCGUGCUCAUGACCAACUUCAGCCUCACGGUUCGAUUCGAUGGGAACCAUCAAGUGGAGGUGUCUGUACCAAUGGAGUACGCUGGGCAGCUCUGUGGACUCUGCGGAAACUUUAAUGGUGAUGUUGGGGAUGACUACCUAAUGCCGGAUGGGAUGGUAGCUGUUUCCUCAACUGAGCUGGGAAGUAGCUGGAUAUCAGACAAUAGCUCUGCUGACUGCGUCAUUGACUUUGAGCCUCCAGUUCCCUGUGAUGCAGGAGAACAGGCUAAGUUUGAAUCGGAGGAAUUUUGUGGAAAGAUACAUGAUGUCAAUGGAGCAUUCCAAGAAUGCCAUGCAGUGGUCAAUCCAGAGCAAUUCUUCAUAACCUGCGUUCUUGACCAGUGUUGGAUGGAUGGGAACGAGCAGUUCCUCUGUGCCUCCAUGCAGACCUACGCUGACCAGUGUGCCCAGCAUGGGGUCAUCGUCAUGUGGAGGAACGACACCUUCUGCCCGCUCGAAUGCCCAGCAGACAGCCACUAUGAGAGCUGUGCCCCAUCAUGCCCAGCCACGUGCAGCAAUGUGACCCUCCCAGGUGCCUGCCAGCAGCCCUGUGGGGAGGGCUGUGUCUGUGACGAGGGCUUUGUCCUCUCAGGAGACAAGUGUGUCCCUCAGGAUCAGUGUGGCUGCAUGGACCACAACGACUUCUAUCACCCACUUGGGGACAGCUGGUUUGCAACACAGAAUUGCAGUCUGCAUUGCUCCUGUGGCGCUGCUGGAGGUGUGGUCUGUGAGCCCUGGCAGUGUGGAGCCUCCGAGAACUGCAGUGUGCAGAACGGCAUUUUCGGAUGCCACAACGUUGCCGUUGACACAACUCCAUCCACCAUUCCCCAAACGAUUCCCCCAUUACAUCUUGGUGUGCACUGGACGCAGUGGUUUGAUCACGACAACCCCCAUGAGAUUGGUGACUUUGAGACAGUGAAAACACUCAGAGAGGAAUAUCCUCAACAAAUCUGCUCCAAUCCCAUUAUAAUAGAGGCUAGGACACUGGAUGGAAUUCUUGCUGAGGCGACUGGGCAAGUUUUCUACAGUAACUCAACAUAUGGAUUUCAGUGUUUUAACCACCUCCAAGUGGACGGAAAAUGUCAUGACUAUAAAGUCCGCUUCCUGUGUUGGGACUAUGAUGGACACUGGACACAGUGGUUUGAUCGUGACAGCCCAACUGAGGAUGGAGAUUUUGAAACACUGCAGUGGCUGAGACAUGAAUAUCCUGAUCAGAUAUGCCCCCGUCCUGUUGAAAUAGAGGUUAUGACACUGGAUGGAGUACCAGUUGAGCUGACAGCAGAAGUUACCUUCAGCAACGCAACAUAUGGAUUCGAGUGUUUUAACCACCUCCAGGCGAAUAAUCAGUGCCAUGACUACCAAGUUCGUUUUCUAUGUGGGAAAAGGGACAUCACUGCAGCUCCGUCCAGAGCUCCAUCAUCUGUAGCUGCAAGAUGCUUGGUGACGGGAGACCCACAUUACACGACAUUUGAUGGGCUCUUUUACGACUUCAUGGGCGCGUGCAUCUACACAACAGCCAAGCUGUGCAACAUCUCCUCCUCCCUGCCCCACUUCAACGUGGAGACGAAAAACCAGCGCGCCAGCCCAAGCAUAUCUGUGCUCCAAGAUGUUUAUGUGGACGUAUACGGACACAGGAUAACCAUGACUGCACGGGACACCCUACUGUUGGAUGGGGAGCGGGUGACACCCCCACUGGUGUUGCCGGGGAUGCACGUGUCUCUGAGCGGCUCAUACCUCGUGCUCAUGACCAACUUCAGCCUCACGGUUCGGCUCGGUUGGAAUAAUCAAGUGGAGGUGUCUGUACCAAUGGAGUACGCUGGGCAGCUCUGUGGACUCUGCGGAAAUUUUAAUGGUGAUAUUGAGGAUGACUUCCUGAUGCCAAAUGGAUCAUUGGCUGCUUCCGAAACCAAGCUGGGAAACAGUUGGAUAUCAGAUAACAGCUCAGCUGACUGCGACGUUGACGUUGAGCCUCCAGGUCCCUGUGAUGCAGAAGAACAGGCUAAGUUUGAAUCGGAGGAAUUUUGUGGAAAGAUACAUUAUGUCAAUGGAGCAUUCCAAGAGUGCCAUGCAGUGGUCAAUCCAGAGCAAUUCUUCAUCACCUGCGUUCUUGACCAGUGCUGGAUGGAUGGGAAAGAGCAGUUCCUCUGUGACUCCAUGCAGACCUACGCUGACCAGUGUGCCCAGCAUGGGGUCAUCGUCAUGUGGAGGAACGACACCUUCUGCCCGCUCGAGUGCCCAGCAGACAGCCACUAUGAGAGCUGUGCCCCACCGUGCCCAGCCACGUGCAGCAAUGUGACCCUCCCAGGUGCCUGCCAGCAGCCCUGUGGGGAGGGCUGUGUCUGUGAUGAGGGUUUUGUCCUCUCAGGAGACAAGUGUGUCCCUCAAGAUCAGUGUGGCUGCAUGGACCACAACGAAUUCUAUCACCCGCUUGGGGACAGCUGGUUUGCAACACAGAACUGCAGUCUGCAUUGCUCUUGUGGCGAUGCUGGAGGCGUGGUCUGUGAGCCCUGGCAGUGUGGAGCCUUUGAGAUCUGCAGUGUGCAGAAUGGAAGCCUGGGCUGUCACAGCAAUGAUAUCACCACUGCAGCUUCCAUCCACAGCUCCAUCAUCUGUGAACGGGAAAUUUGUGAAUUUAUUUUAGGAGCUGCAAAAUGCUUGGCGAUGGGAGACCCACAUUACACGACGUUUGAUGGGCUCUAUUACCACUUCAUGGGCGCGUGCAUCUACACAACAGCCAAGCUGUGCAACAUCUCCUCCUCCCUGCCCCACUUCAAUGUGGAGACGAAAAACGACCGCCGUGGCUCUACAAGCGUAUCUUAUGUCCGAGAUGUUCACGUGGACGUGUACGGACACAGGGUCACCUUGUCUUUACAGCACGCCCUCCUGUUGGAUGGGGAGCGGGUGACGCCCCCACUGGUGUUACCGGGGAUGCACGUGUCUCUGAGCGGCUCAUACCUCGUGCUCAUGACCAACUUCAGCCUCACGGUUCGUUUCGAUGGGAACCAUCAAGUGGAGGUGUCUGUACCAAUGGAGUACGCUGGGCAGCUCUGUGGACUCUGCGGAAACUUUAAUGGUGAUAUUGAGGAUGACUUACUGAUGCCAAAUGGAUCAUUGGCUGCUUCCGAAACCAAGCUGGGAAACAGUUGGAUAUCAGAUAACAGCUCAGCUGAGCACAGCAGAAUGUGCUGCACAGCUGCGACGUUGACUUUGAGCCUCCAGGUCCCUGUGAUGCAGAAGAACAGGCUAAGUUUGAAUCGGGAGGAAUUUUGUGGAAAGAUACAUGAUGUCAAUGGAGCAUUCCAAGAGUGCCAUGCAGUGGUCAAUCCAGAGCAAUUCUUCAUCACCUGCGUUCUUGACCAGUGCUGGAUGGAUGGGAACGAGCAGUUCCUCUGUGCCUCCAUGCAGACCUACGCUGACCAGUGUGCCCAGCAUGGGGUCAUCAUCAUGUGGAGGAACGACACCUUCUGCCCGCUCGAGUGCCCAGCAGACAGCCACUAUGAGAGUUGUGCCCCACCGUGCCCAGCCACGUGCAGCAAUGUGACCCUCCCAGGUGCCUGCCAGCAGCCCUGUGGGGAGGGCUGUGUCUGUAAGGAGGGUUUUGUCCUCUCAGGAGACAAGUGUGUCACUCAAGAUCAGUGUGGCUGCCUGGACCACAACGACUUCUAUCACCCGCUUGGGGACAGCUGGUUUGCAACACAGAACUGCAGUCUGCAUUGCACUUGUGGCAAUGCUGGAGGCGUGGUCUGUGAGCCCUGGCAGUGUGGAGUCUCCGAGAUCUGCAGUGUGCAGAAUGGAAGCCUGGGCUGUCACAGCUAUGAUGCCACAACAGUUUCACCACCAACAACAACUGCUCCUCCAAGCAUAAUGCCUGGAAACUGCAUCGUGCAUGGAGAUCCACACUACGUCACGUUUGAUGGGCUCUCAUUGGCAUUCAUGGGAACGUGCACCUACACAACAGCUAAGCUGUGCAACAGCUCAUCUCAUCUGCCCUACUUCAAUGUGGAGACAACCAACGAGUAUCGCAACCAGGGCUCCAUCUCUUUUGUCAGAGAAGUUCACACAGAAGUCUAUGGACAAAACAUCACCUUGUCCUUGGGUCGUACCCUUCUGCUGAAUGAGGAGCUGGUGACGCCCCCACUGGUGUUGCCAGGGCUACAUGUCUCUCUGAGUGGCUCAUACCUCGUGCUCAUGACUGACUUUAAUCUGAUUGUUCGAUUCAAUGGAGACAAUCGGGCGGAAGUGACUGUGCCAAGAGAGUAUGCAGGGGAGCUUUGUGGCAUCUGUGGAAACUUUAAUGGUGACCGUGCUGAUGAAUAUCUGAUGCCCGAUGGGACGCAAGCUUCUUCACCAACUGAGCUUGGUAACAGCUGGAAAACAGACAACAGCUCCGCCUACUGUGACGCUCCACCUCCACCUCUCUGUGAUGAAGAUGAGCAAGCAGAGUUUGAAACAGAGACAUUCUGUGGAAUCAUCACAGAUGUGAAUGGAUUGUUCACAGAGUGCCAUGCAGUGGUCAAUCCAGAGGAGCUGUUCACCAGCUGCGUGCUUGACCAGUGCUGGACACAUGGGGACAAGGGGACCCUCUGUGGCUCCCUUCAGGCCUAUGCUGAUGAGUGCGCGGAAAAUGGCAUCGUCAUCAUGUGGAGGAAUACCACCUUCUGUCCGCUCGAGUGCCCAGCAGACAGCCACUAUGAGAGCUGUGCCCCACCGUGCCCAGCCACGUGCAGCAAUGUGACCCUCCCAGGUGCCUGCCAGCAGCCCUGUGGGGAGGGCUGUGUCUGUGACGAGGGUUUUGUCCUCUCAGGAGACAAGUGUGUCACUCAAGAUCAGUGUGGCUGCAUGGACCACAACGAAUUCUAUCACCCGCUUGGGGACAGCUGGUUUGCAACACAGAACUGCAGUCUGCAUUGCUCUUGUGGCGAUGCUGGAGGCGUGGUCUGUGAGCCCUGGCAGUGUGGAGCCUCUGAGAUCUGCAGUGUGCAGAAUGGAAGCUUGGGCUGUCACAGCUAUGAUACCACAACAGUUUCACCGCCAGCAACAACUGCUCCUCCAAGCAUAAUAGCUGCAAGAUGUGUGGUGCAGGGAGACCCACAUUACACGACGUUUGAUGGGCUCUAUUACGACUUCAUGGGCGCGUGCAUCUACACAACAGCCAAGCUGUGCAACAUCUCCUCCCUGCCCCACUUCAACGUCGAGACGAAGAACCAGCGCGCCAGCCCAAGCAUAUCUGUGCUCCAAGAUGUUUACGUGGACAUAUUCGGACACAGGAUAACCAUGACUACACAUCACAUCCUACUGUUGGAUGGGGAGCGGGUGACGCCCCCACUGGUGUUACCGGGGAUGCACGUGUCUCUGAGCGGCUCAUACCUCGUGCUCAUGACCAACUUCAGCCUCACGGUUCGGCUCGGUGGGAAUUCUCAAGUGGAGGUGUCUGUACCAAUGGAGUACGCUGGGCAGCUCUGUGGACUCUGCGGAAACUUUAAUGGUGAUAUUGAGGAUGACUUACUGAUGCCAAAUGGAUCAUUGGCUGCUUCCGAAACCAAGCUGGGAAACAGUUGGAUAUCAGAUAACAGCUCAGCUGACUGCGACGUUGACUUUGAGCCUCCAGGUCCCUGUGAUGCAGAAGAACAGGCUAAGUUUGAAUCGGAGGAAUUUUGUGGAAAGAUACAUGAUGUCAAUGGAGCAUUCCAAGAGUGCCAUGCAGUGGUCAAUCCAGAGCAAUUCUUCAUCACCUGCGUUCUUGACCAGUGCUGGAUGGAUGGGAACGAGCAGUUCCUCUGUGCCUCCAUGCAGACCUACGCUGACCAGUGUGCCCAGCAUGGGGUCAUCAUCAUGUGGAGGAACGACACCUUCUGCCGUGAGUGCACAUCUGUGCCUGCCAUGCAGCCCUGUGGGGAGGGCUGUGUCUGUGAUGAGGGUUUUGUCCUUUCAGGAGACAAGUGUGUCCCUCAAGAUCAGUGUGGCUGCAUGGACCACAACGACCUCUAUCACCCGCUUGGGGACAGCUGGUUUGCAACACAGAACUGCAGCCUGCAUUGCACUUGUGGCGAUGCUGGAGGCGUGGUCUAUGAGCCCUGGCAGUGUGGAGCCUCCGAGAUCUGCAGUGUGCAGAAUGGAAGCUUGGGCUGUCACAGCUAUGAUACCACAACAAUUUCACCGCCAACAACAACUGCUCCUCCAAGCAUAAUGCCUGGAAACUGCAUCGUGCAUGGAGAUCCACACUACGUCACGUUUGAUGGGCUCUCAUUGGCAUUCAUGGGAACGUGCACCUACACAACAGCUAAGCUGUGCAACAGCUCAUCUCAUCUGCCCUACUUCAAUGUGGAGACAACCAACGAGUAUCGCAACCAGGGCUCCAUCUCUUUUGUCAGAGAAGUUCACACAGAAGUCUAUGGGCAAAACAUCACCUUGUCCUUGGGUCGUACCCUUCUGCUGAAUGAGGAGCUGGUGACGCCCCCACUGGUGUUGCCAGGGCUACAUGUCUCUCUGAGUGGCUCAUACCUCGUGCUCAUGACUGACUUUAAUCUGAUUGUUCGAUUCAAUGGAGACAAUCGGGCAGAAGUGACUGUGCCAAGAGAGUAUGCAGGGGAGCUUUGUGGCAUCUGUGGAAACUUUAAUGGUGACCAUGCUGAUGAAUAUCUGAUGCCCGAUGGGACGCAAGCUUCUUCACCAACUGAGCUGGGAAACAGCUGGAAAACAGACAACAGCUCCGCCUACUGUGACGCUCCACCUCCACCUCCCUGUGAUGAAGAUGAGCAAGCAGAGUUUGAAACAGAGACAUUCUGUGGAAUCAUCACAGAUGUGGAUGGAUUGUUCACAGAGUGCCAUGCAGUGGUCAAUCCAGAGGAGCUGUUCACCAGCUGCGUGCUUGACCAGUGCUGGACACAUGGGGACAAGGGGACCCUCUGUGGCUCCCUUCAGGCCUAUGCUGAUGAGUGCGCGGAAAAUGGCAUCGUCAUCAUGUGGAGGAAUACCACCUUCUGUCCGCUCGAGUGCCCAGCAGACAGCCACUAUGAGAGCUGUGCCCCACCGUGCCCAGCCACGUGCAGCAAUGUGACCCUCCCAGGUGCCUGCCAGCAGCCCUGUGGGGAGGGCUGUGUCUGUGACGAGGGUUUUGUCCUCUCAGGAGACAAGUGUGUCACUCAAGAUCAGUGUGGCUGCAUGGACCACAACGAAUUCUAUCACCCGCUUGGGGACAGCUGGUUUGCAACACAGAACUGCAGUCUGCAUUGCUCUUGUGGCGAUGCUGGAGGCGUGGUCUGUGAGCCCUGGCAGUGUGGAGCCUCCGAGAUCUGCAGUGUGCAGAAUGGAAGCUUGGGUUGUCACAGCUAUGAUACCACAACAGUUUCACCGCCAACAACAACUGCUCCUCCAAGCAUAAUAGCUGCAAGAUGUGUGGUGCAGGGAGACCCACAUUACACGACGUUUGAUGGGCUCUAUUACGACUUCAUGGGCGCGUGCAUCUACACAACAGCCAAGCUGUGCAACAUCUCCUCCUCCGUUCCUCACUUCAACGUGGAGACGAAAAACCAGCGCGCCAGCCCAAGCAUAUCUGUGCUCCAAGAUGUUUACGUGGACGUAUUCGGACACAGGAUAACCAUGACUACACAUCACAUCCUACUGUUGGAUGGGGAGCGGGUGACGCCCCCACUGGUGUUACCGGGGAUGCACGUGUCUCUGAGCGGCUCAUACCUCGUGCUCAUGACCAACUUCAGCCUCACGGUUCGGCUCGGUGGGAAUUCUCAAGUGGAGGUGUCUGUACCAAUGGAGUACGCUGGGCAGCUCUGUGGACUCUGCGGAAACUUUAAUGGUGAUAUUGAGGAUGACUUACUGAUGCCAAAUGGAUCAUUGGCUGCUUCCGAAACCAAGCUGGGAAACAGUUGGAUAUCAGAUAACAGCUCAGCUGACUGCGACGUUGACUUUGAGCCUCCAGGUCCCUGUGAUGCAGAAGAACAGGCUAAGUUUGAAUUGGAGGAAUUUUGUGGAAAGAUACAUGAUGUCAAUGGAGCAUUCCAAGAGUGCCAUGCAGUGGUCAAUCCAGAGCAAUUCUUCAUCACCUGCGUUCUUGACCAGUGCUGGAUGGAUGGGAACGAGCAGUUCCUCUGUGCCUCCAUGCAGACCUACGCUGACCAGUGUGCCCAGCAUGGGGUCAUCGUCAUGUGGAGGAACGACACCUUCUGCCCGCUCGAAUGCCCAGCAGACAGCCACUAUGAGAGCUGUGCCCCACCGUGCCCAGCCACGUGCAGCAAUGUGACCCUUCCAGGUGCCUGCCAGCAGCCUUGUGGGGAGGGCUGUGUCUGUGAUGAGGGAUUUGUCUUUUCAGGAGACAAGUGUGUCCCUCAAGAUCAGUGUGGCUGCAUGGACCACAACGACCUCUAUCACCCGCUUGGGGACAGCUGGUUUGCAACACAGAACUGCAGUCUGCAUUGCUCUUGUGGCGAUGCUGGAGGCAUGGUCUGUGAGCCCUGGCAGUGUGGAGCCUCCGAGAUCUGCAAUGUGCAAAAUGGAAGCUUGGGCUGUCACAGCUAUGAUACCACAACAGUUUCACCGCCAGCAACAACUGCUCCUCCAAGCAUAAUAGCUGCAAGAUGUGUGGUGCAGGGAGACCCACAUUACACGACGUUUGAUGGGCUCUAUUACGACUUCAUGGGCGCGUGCAUCUACACAACAGCCAAGCUGUGCAACAUCUCCUCCUCCCUGCCUCACUUCAACGUGGAGACGAAAAACGAGCGCUUCAACCCAAGCAUAUCUGUGCUCCAAGAUGUUUACGUGGACGUAUUCGGACACAGGAUAACCAUGACUACACAUCACAUCCUACUGUUGGAUGGGGAGCGGGUGACGCCCCCACUGGUGUUACCGGGGAUGCACGUGUCUCUGAGCGGCUCAUACCUCGUGCUCAUGACCAACUUCAGCCUCACGGUUCGUUUCGAUGGGUACUAUCAAGUGGUGGUGUCUGUACCAAUGGAGUACGCUGGGCAGCUCUGUGGACUCUGCGGAAACUUUAAUGGUGAUAUUGAGGAUGACUUACUGAUGCCAAAUGGAUCAUUGGCUGCUUCCGAAACCAAGCUGGGAAACAGUUGGAUAUCAGAUAACAGCUCAGCUGACUGCGACGUUGACUUUGAGCCUCCAGGUCCCUGUGAUGCAGAAGAACAGGCUAAGUUUGAAUCGGAGGAAUUUUGUGGAAAGAUACAUGAUGUCAAUGGAGCAUUCCAAGAGUGCCAUGCAGUGGUCAAUCCAGAGCAAUUCUUCAUCACCUGCGUUCUUGACCAGUGCUGGAUGGAUGGGAACGAGCAGUUCCUCUGUGCCUCCAUGCAGACCUACGCUGACCAGUGUGCCCAGCAUGGGGUCAUCGUCAUGUGGAGGAACGACACCUUCUGCCCGCUCGAAUGCCCAGCAGACAGCCACUAUGAGAGCUGUGCCCCACCGUGCCCAGCCACGUGCAGCAAUGUGACCCUUCCAGGUGCCUGCCAGCAGCCUUGUGGGGAGGGCUGUGUCUGUGAUGAGGGAUUUGUCUUUUCAGGAGACAAGUGUGUCCCUCAAGAUCAGUGUGGCUGCAUGGACCACAACGACCUCUAUCACCCGCUUGGGGACAGCUGGUUUGCAACACAGAACUGCAGUCUGCAUUGCUCUUGUGGCGAUGCUGGAGGCGUGGUCUGUGAGCCCUGGCAGUGUGGAGCCUCCGAGAUCUGCAGUGUGCAGAAUGGAAGCUUGGGCUGUCACAGCUAUGAUGCCACAACAAUUUCACCGCCAACAACAACUGCUCCUCCAAGCAUAAUGCCUGGAAACUGCAUCGUGCAUGGAGAUCCACACUAUGUCACGUUUGAUGGGCUCUCAUUGGCAUUCAUGGGAACGUGCACCUACACAACAGCUAAGCUGUGCAACAGCUCGUCUCAUCUGCCCUACUUCAAUGUGGAGACAACCAACGAGUAUCGCAACCAGGGCUCCAUCUCUUUUGUCAGAGAAGUUCACACAGAAGUCUAUGGGCAAAACAUCACCUUGUCCUUGGGUCGUACCCUUCUGCUGAAUGAGGAGCUGGUGACGCCCCCACUGGUGUUGCCAGGGCUACAUGUCUCUAUGAGUGGCUCAUACCUCGUGCUCAUGACUGACUUUAAUCUGAUUGUUCGAUUCAAUGGAGACAAUCGGGCAGAAGUGACUGUGCCAAGAGAGUAUGCAGGGGAGCUUUGUGGCAUCUGUGGAAACUUUAAUGGUGACCGUGCUGAUGAAUAUCUGAUGCCCGAUGGGACGCAAGCUUCUUCACCAACUGAGCUUGGAAACAGCUGGAAAACAGACAACAGCUCCGCCUACUGUGACGCUCCACCUCCACCUCCCUGUGAUGAAGAUGAGCAAGCAGAGUUUGAAACAGAGACAUUCUGUGGAAGCAUCACAGAUGUGAAUGGAUUGUUCACAGAGUGCCAUGCAGUGGUCAAUCCUGAGGAGCUGUUCACCAGCUGCGUGCUUGACCAGUGCUGGACACAUGGGGACAAGGGGACCCUCUGUGGCUCCCUUCAGGCCUAUGCUGAUGAGUGCGCGGAAAAUGGCAUCGUCAUCAUGUGGAGGAACGGCACCUUCUGUCCGCUCGAGUGCCCAGCAGACAGCCACUAUGAGAGCUGUGCCCCACCGUGCCCAGCCACGUGCAGCAAUGUGACCCUCCCAGGUGCCUGCCAGCAGCCCUGUGGGGAGGGCUGUGUCUGUGAUGAGGGUUUUGUCCUCUCAGGAGACAAGUGUGUCCCUCAAGAUCAGUGUGGCUGCCUGGACCACAACGACCUCUAUCACCCGCUUGGGGAUCACUGGUUUGGAACACAGAACUGCAGUCUGCAUUGCUCCUGUGUCAGUGUGGGAGAUGUGGUCUGUGAUCCCUGGCAAUGUGGAGCCUAUGAGAUCUGCAAUGUGCAGAAUGGCACUCUGGGCUGUCAUGAUAUUGAAACGCCAAGUUCCCCAAGCACAUGCAUACCAGCUCCAAAACCAGAACCGCAUCUCAGCUGUGACUUUGACGAUGAGCAAUCCCCGUUGUGCAGCUGGGUGCAACUCAGUGCCGAUGCUGCGGACUGGAUCAGGCACUCAGGAGAAACUCCAAACCCUUAUACUGGACCAAGUGGUGAUCACACCACAGGCUCGACCUCCUACAUCUACUCGGACUCAAUAACCAUCGUCUCUGGAGGAGCAGUGCGACUUCAGAGCCCCAGCAUUAACUCCCACCAAAAUAUCUGCCUGAGCUUCUGGUACCACAUGUCUGGCGACAACCUGAUGACGGUAAACGUGUACGUCCUGGACGACGACAUAGAGACGCACGUUUGGAACGUCGUGGGGCAGCAGAGCAGUGCCUGGUUGCAGGGAUCCAUUACCAUCCAAGCCACGGCCAGCAGUCAGAUCAUCAUAGAGGGAGUUAGCGGAUACACAAAAUCAAGUGACAUAGCCCUGGAUGACAUCAUGGUAAUAGCAGGAAAAUGUGCAGUGUGUGUGAGCGGUUGUGAUUUUGACAAGAACGAGGGACUGUGUCAAUGGCGCAACAGCGAAGAGGAUGAUGGAGACUGGGAGCUGUGGCUUGGACAGACAGAUACAGAGGGCACGGGGCCCGAUGAUGACUUCACUCGACCUGGCUUUGGGAAUUACCUCCUGCUGGACUCGUAUUACACCAGUCCUAGGGACAGACUGCAACUGGAGAGUCCGCUGCUCACCUCCCCUGGCUGCUUGGUGCUGCGCUUUCACUACUACAUGUUUGGGACAGCAGCUGACAUGGCAAUCAAUGUUUACGUUAAAAAAGGAGGGCUCACAGGGCCUGCUGUUUGGUCUCUGCGAGGAAACCAAGGGAAGGCAUGGAUUCUAGCUGAAAUCAUGUACUCUGAGACUGGAGAAGUGCAGUUUUUAGUGGAAGGAGUUCGAGGACAUACAGACGGGAGUGAUAUUGCCCUGGACAAUUUCUGUGUCAAAGUCUGCGAUCCCAGAGAUAUCUGCAGUACAACUCCAACUCCUCCCCCUCCAGUGAGUGCCACGUGUCACGUGGCUGGAGAUCCUCACUAUUUCACGUUUGAUUCUGCACUGAUAACCUACAUGGGCACGUGCACCUACCAACUGGUGAGCGUCUGCAAUGCCGACCACGUGACACCCUUUACCAUAUUGGCUAAGAACGAAGAGCGGGGGCAGCCGAAUGCCUCCUACCUCAAGCACGUUUACGUCGACAUUGGCAGUGACCGCAUCCAACUGAAGAAAAAGAACGUGAUUCUGCUCAAUGGAAGGAAAGUCAAGACCCCAAUUAUCAAAAGUGUGGUUCCUGGAGUGCAGUUCAGCAUUAUUGGAAGCUACGUGCAUGUGGUGACAGACUUUGGGUUGGUGAUCAAAUUUGAUGGUGUGCAUCACCUCUCAAUAACUCUACCAAGUGCUUAUGCCAAUAAGGUGUGUGGUUUGUGUGGAAACUACAACUUGAACCACACUGACGAUUUAUUGAUGCCCAACGGCUGGCUGGCAUCCAAUAACAGUGAGCUCGGGAACAGCUGGAACGUGGAGGAUGCUGAUGAUAAGGACUGCAAGCUGGGCGUGGAGCCUGUACAGUCCACUUGGAGGCAUGAGAAAUCCUUUAACAAGAGGUGCCAAGUCCUCACUUCACCCACUGGCCCUUUUGCAAGUUGUCAUCAUGUCAUCAACCCCCAGGACUACGUCACGACUUGCACAUUCGACAUGGGUCAAUACAGUGACAUGGCGAGCAUCCUGUGCGACAGCUUACAGGCAUAUGCGGAGGCCUGCCGUGUUGAGGGAGUGAACAUUCAGUGGCGUAAUGAGACCUUCUGUCCGCUGUCCUGCCUGGCAAACUCCCACUACACGGAUUGUGCCUCGCUUUGCCCAAACACCUGCCUGCACGCAAGCACAGAGGACGACUGUCGGAGCACAGAGGCGUGCACAGAGGGCUGCGUCUGUGACAGCGGCUUUGUGCUCAGCGGCAGACUUUGUGUACCACAGCAGGAUUGCGGCUGCUGGGACCAUGGAAACAUCUACCACACGCUCGGAGAAUCCUGGCUGACAGACAACUGUAGUACUCGGUGCAGGUGUAUGGGCUCUGAGGAUAUGGACUGCAAUCUGCACAGCUGCAUGGCUGAGGAGAGCUGUGCUUUGCAGAACGGGCAAUACAAAUGUCAGCCUGUCGGUUUCAGUACUUGCACCAUCUCUGGAGAUCCACACUAUCAGACCUUUGAUGGAUUGCCUUACAACUUCAUGGGCAAUAACACUUACGUUUUGGUACAGACCAGUGGCGAUAACCCCAACCUCAUCCCCAUAAGUGUGCGUGGGAAAAACGCCAAUCGUCAUGGUUUAAGCGACGUCUCAUAUUUGGAUGAGGUUCACGUGAAUGUGUUUGGACACGAAAUACGUUUUACCAGCAGGGAUGAUUUUGAGUUUGACGGGGUGAGGAUGAGGCCUCCGAUGUUCCCCAGUGAGGGUUUGUCCAUUCAGCAGUCCUCUCACAGGAUCAUCCUGCAAACCGACUUUGGUCUCACUGUCAUCUACGACCGCAGGGAGCAUGCAGAUGUGAUUAUAUCCAGCUCUUACAUGAAUGAGGUUAGUGGAUUGUGCGGGAAUUACAAUGGCGACCCCAACGAUGAAUAUUUUGGACGUAAUGGACAGCAAAUUCCUUCCAUAAAGGCGUUUGGCGAGAGCUGGGCAAUGAAUGAUGCUAGUGAGAACCUGGCGCCUGCUGUGAGCCAAUAUAAAUUCUCCAUCUCUGAAGACUCAUUAAAUGACCCAACCUGCAGUGAGACACAGCUGAUCGAACUGCAAGGCAUUAGUUCCUGUGGGAUGAUCAAAUAUAUCGCUGGUCCCUUCCAACCAUGCCAAGAGACAGUUUCUCCUGAUUCAUACUACGAGAACUGCUUGUACGACAUGUGCGCAAACUUUGGAGACAAGGAGACACUGUGCAACAGCCUGGCGGUUUACACUGCAUCUUGUCAGCGGAAGGGCAUCACUCCAAGCAACUGGAGGAACUUUUCAGGCUGCGAUGCGGCAUGUCCUCCGAACAGCAUCUACACUGAGAGCAUGAAUGCUUGUCCGGCCUCCUGUGGGAAUCUCGCUGCGCCUGAGGAGUGUGGCCUGCCCAGAAUGGAGGGGUGCCAGUGUGAGCUGGGGUUUGUGUGGAGCGGCUUUCACUGCGUGCCCUUCAGGGACUGUGGCUGUUUUCAUGAUGACACCUACUAUGAGGUGGGCAAGGAGUUUUACUCACCCCAGUGCAGUAGUCGGUGCCAGUGUGUGAACACGGACACAGUUAUAUGCAGAAACAAGGGCUGCAACGUAGAAGAAGUUUGCUCCAUCAGCAACUACACCUUUGGCUGUUUCAAUCUGGACGCUUGUGAUUCCAGCCCAUGUCUGAAUGGAGGAACCUGCACAGACAACGGUCGAGAUUUUGAGUGCCACUGUCCACCCACACACAGUGGGAUCGUUUGUGAACAUCCAGGGAAUACACCACCACUCAACACUGUCACCAUCGUCAUCAUAGUGGUCUGCACUGUUGGUGGAAUCAUUUUGAUCUCCGUGACCAUUGUACUUGUCAGGUUCCGCCAUGGGAGGAAACACAUGAAGCUCGAAGAAGUAUAUGACACUAAAUCAAGUGCAUCUUCCGAGGAUGGCAAUUUCAAUUACCGUCAUGAAGAUGUUGUAAACAGUGACGUGUGGGCUGCUUACAUCAAAACAAAUGAUACAGGGAUAUUAAAGGUGCCAGAUAUCACAUCUAGUGCCUUCUAGUAGGUACAGUAUUUGUGACUUCGUAUAAGGUGGGCUCAUUAUGAGAGCCAUAUUGGUCCAGUAAAGCUGGACAAGGCUAUGUGAAAUACAUACGAAAUUAUUUAGAAAAUGAUGAAGCCUGCCGAUUCAAGUUACUGGUAAUUAAUAGUAAUUAAUAGUGUCUAUAAUGUAGUAAAUGCGUAUAUUCGCAUUUCCAUGACAGUUAUAACAAAUCUUCAGUAAUUACAAUCAAUUCAACUGUAUACAUGUACUCUCACAAUGGAAAAGCAAAUUACGUGGCUCAAGUCGUGCAUCAAUAUAUUGUAAUAAACGAACUAUAUCAUU